UAAUGUCCUAGAACGUAAUGGAAGAAAAAUUGAGUAAAAAAAGUUAUCGUAAACAGAAACGAGCCUAUCAUAGGCUCCUCAGAGACAUGAAUAUUAAAUGCUGUGAUAAUCCAACAAAGUACAUAAUGAUCUGUAAUGCUGGUUUAGUAACUGGAUUUCAACGAGAAACUUUACAAAAUAUUAUUGACCCAAUUAUAUCAGAAUAUGAUGUAAUAAUGCCACCAAAUAAAUCGUACUGCUUCAUUAAAUUUUAUUCUAUAGAAGAUGCUGAAUAUGCAUACAACAGAAUUCAUGGUCAGAUAAGAAUUAAUGAAUUAGGUGCACUGUUAUAUGCAACAUUUACAGAGUCAGUUCCUGAUCUAGAUGAUGAAUUAUCUUGUGGUUUUCCCUACGGACUUCGAUUAGUAGAAAAUAUUAUAACUGAAGAACAAGAAAAAUAUUUAUUAAAUUCGAUUAAUUGGAUUAAUGAAGAGUCAGAUUCAUCUGAGUUAAAACAUAGAAAAGUCAAACAUUUCGGAUAUGAGUUUCAGUACAAUUCAAACAGAGUAGACCCUGAUAAACCAAUUACACCUAUUCCUGAAGAAUAUCAGUUUUUACAAACAUUAUUUAAAAAAUAUCACAAUGUGCCAUCCGAAUAUGAUCAGUUAACAAUAAAUCACUAUUCACCUGGUCAAGGAAUCCCUCCACAUAUUGAUACACAUAGUGUGUUUGAAGAUAGUAUAUUGUCUUUAUCAUUGGGUUCUGCAUGUAUCAUGGAUUUUAAACGGGAAGAUAGAAAAGCUGCUGUUCUUUUACCUCCUCGUUCGUUGCUGAUUAUAACAGCGGAAGCUCGAUAUGCAUGGUCACAUGGAAUUUGCCCUAGACAUAAUGAUGUAGUAAAAAGUACAAAUGGAAUUACAACACAACCACGAGGAACAAGAGUGUCAUUUACAUUUCGAAAAGUGCGAAGGGGCGAUUGCUGUUGCAUUUUUCCAGAAUAUUGCGACACAAAAAAAACCUGUGUUAAUACUGUCAUCGAUGAUAAAACAGCAAUGGGAAUUGAAAAUUCUUAUGUACACGAAGUUUAUGAAAAUAUUUCGAGUCACUUUGAUGAAACUAGACACAAGCAGUGGCCAAAUGUUUCAAAAUUUCUUCAAUCCUUGAAUCCAGGUGAUAUUUUAUUAGAUGUAGGUUGUGGGAAUGGUAAAUAUCUCUAUGAAGAAAAACUCAUAUUUAAGGUUGGCUGUGAUCGAAGUCAUAAUUUAAUAAAAAUAUGUCAUAGUAAAAAAUCUGAAGUCUUCUUAUCUGAUUGUCUAUACUUGCCAUACAAAGAUAAUAGUAUAGAUGCAGCAAUAAGUAUAGCAGUAAUACAUCACCUUUCGACUCAUGAAAGAAGAAAGCAAGCAAUUUCAGAAUUGGCACGACUUCUUAGGCCUAAUGGAAAAUGUUUAAUUUAUGUAUGGGCGAAAGAGCAAGAAAAGAAUUCCACUAAAACUGCAUAUUUAAAAUAUAAUAUGAGCAAAAACGAUCACCAAACAUCGUGUAUACAAAAACUGACAGAAUACGGUGUAACCUUACCAGUGCACGAAAAUCGUACGAAAUUCAUGUCUACUGAUAUGCUCGUUCCUUGGAAAAGAAAGGGAGGAGGAGACUUCCUCAGAUAUUAUCAUGUAUUCAAAGAGGGCGAAUUAUCACAGUUGUGUUCAGAAGUACCUGUGUUUACAAUAAAAGAAAUGUAUUAUGAUCAAGGAAAUUGGUGUGUAAUUUUGCAA